AUGAUGCUUGCAACCACAAGUCCUCCUUCAAGAAUUGAUCUCACACUUGCCUUUCUGGCUCUAUUCAUUCUGCUCUUUUCCAAUGGUUUCCUAUGGGCACAAGAAAUGAGAAUGGCCCUCAAUCCAUCCACACUCCAAUCCUGGGAAUUGGCCUCUUCCAUGCAAUUUUGCAAGAGAAAUUUGACAGUCGAUACCUCUCUCGCUUCAUCCUCACCAGGAAGUGGCACUUCUGCUGUACUCUCUCGAAUCUCUGUCAUGAGUGCUUUAUUGUGCAAUAGUUCGAGUAGUGGAAAUGUGUCUCAGUCCUCAACCUCGUCAUUACCACAAACGAAACGAAGCACUCUCUCAGAAUUGCAACAACCCAUUCAAGGAGAAGCACCUCUCGAAUCGAUUGGUUUCUUUACCAAUUUGGAAUUAACUGGAUUCACAACUGGUUUACUUGGACUCGAUAUGAAUGAACAAGGAAGUACCAAUACCAUCUUGCAAUUACUCUCUCUCGUUCAAAUUUCCAUUUUUGAUAAGAGUAAGCAAAGUUCUUCUUCAAGCACGACGGGUCAGUCUCAAUCUCAGACAGCAUCGUCCUCUACGGCAUCGAGUCUUCCACCUCUACUCUUUCCAUUUAGUCCAGGAGUGUUAAAGACCAUCUACUUUACUAAUUCUUCACUCCAAAAUAUUCAAACAACGUAUGGAAUGAAAGUAGUGAACACUGGAGCAUCAACUGCAUCAACAGGAGGAGAUGGAUCAGGAGAAGCGAGUAAGGUCAUGUACUUUUCAGUUCAUGCCGAUUCUGAAAUUGGUCACUUGAUGGUGAGUGUGUUUGUGGCCGAACAACCGACCAUCCUGAAAACACAGCUCAUUCCAGCCAAUUCGACCAUAAAUCCCAACAAGAACAAUGUCCUAUUGUUGCCAGAGAGUGUGUUAUUAGUAUUGAGUAUUGAUCAAUUCAAUGCCCAACGUUUACUUCAAAUGGACGAACCCACUGGACAAGGUUCCAAACAAGCUCCUCAACAACAACAACAACAGCAAACUCAAGAACAAUCUCAGCAACAAGAGCAGCCACAGCCACAGGAAUCACCACAGCCACAGGAUUCUCCUCAACCACAGGAAUCACCUCAGCCACAACCACCCCAACAAGGAGCAACCUCACCACGUCCUCCAGAACAGCAACCGCCACAACAACCAUCUCAAUCACCUCAGCCACAGGCUUCACCACAACAACCUCAACAGCAGCCUCCUCCUCCUCCACCUCCUCAACCUCAACAAACUUCUGGUAUACCUCCUCAACAACGGCCACCACAAGAACCUCAAGGACCUCCUCAACAAGUACCUCAAGGACCACCGCCUCAACAAGGAGCAACCUCUCCUCGUCCUCCAGAACAGCAACAACCACCUCCUCAAGGACCUCCUCAACAAGAACCUCAAGGACCUCCUCAGCAAGUACCUCAAGGACCACCACCUCAGGAGCCUCCUCAACAGCAACAACCACCUCAACAACCACCUCGUCCCUAUGGAGGAUAUCCACCACCGAAUACAAACUCGGAACACUCGCAAGACAAUCCACCAUCGUUCCGGAUCUUCCUUACAAACCAGAUGAUUAUCGACGUGUGUUAUCUGGCCAUUCCAACAGCAGCUUCCUAUGGUAAAUACAAUUCAGAAGGAAAGGGAGAGCUUGUCAAAUUCUUGCGGACGACUCAAUCCAUGGCUUCUCUGAGUUUGGGUUCUGGUGGUGCGAGUGUCACUACGAGUCAAUCUCAAAUGUCGGAGACACAAUCUCAGCAACAAUCUCAAACAAUCUCAAAUCCUUCAAGUCAACAAGGAGGACGACUCGAUCUUACUCGAAUGGAUAUUCAUAUUCCAUUAGCAACCUUAACACCGGAAGAACUCUCUCAGGAUGCAUUCAUUUUGUGGGGACCUGUCUAUUUUGGACAUGUGGAACAACAAGGAAGCACUUGUUCGUGUUCGGUGCCUCAACAACAACAACAACCUCAAUCCACUUCGAGUGGAGCACCUUAA